CACGUGACAAAGAGUACAUAAAAUGGGAAGACCCCUUGUUGUAAAUCCACCACCUUACUGUGUACCCGUCCUUUCUGGAAGCGUGGCUGCUUUUUGAAAUCCGAAGUCUUGGCUACACAGUAGCUUUGACUUCUACGAACCAUGGCAGACCAGGCCUUUGUGACCCUGGCCACAAAUGAUAACUAUGCAAAAGGUGCGAUGGUUCUCGGCAGAUCUUUGAGGAGCCAUAAGACAUCCAGGAAGCUGGUGGUGCUGAUCGGUCCUCACGUCACAGACCCUUCCAGGGCAGUGCUUCACAACAUCUUUGAUGAAGUAAGGCUGGUGGAUGUGCUGGACAGUGGUGACUCUGCUCACCUGGCUCUGCUGAAGAGGCCAGACCUGGGGGUUACCUUCACCAAGCUGCACUGCUGGACCCUGACACACUUCUCCAAAUGUGUCUUCAUGGAUGCAGACACUAUGGUAUUGUCGAACGUGGAUGAGCUGUUUGAUAGGGAGGAGCUGUCUGCUGCCCCUGACCCCGGAUGGCCCGACUGCUUCAACUCUGGCGUGUUUGUGUUUCGCCCUUCCAAGGAAACCCACAAGAAACUCCUCACAUUCUGUACUGAGCACGGCAGCUUCGACGGUGGGGACCAGGGAAUUCUAAACAGCUUUUUCAGCAACUGGGCAACAGCUGACAUUUCGAAGCAUCUUCCUUUCAUUUACAACCUCAGCAGCAUAGCCAUCUACUCGUAUCUUCCAGCUUUCAAACAGUACGGUGCCAAUGCUAAGGUGGUCCAUUUCCUGGGGCAAACCAAGCCAUGGAGCUACACGUAUGACACCAAAGGGAAAUGCCUCAAGGGUGACCUCCAGGGGUCCCCUUCACACGGCACCUACCUUCAGACAUGGUGGGAGAUCUACUCCACGGCUGUGCUGCCCAUGCUGUUCAAGGAGUUUGGAGACCAGCCCUUCCACUCUGGAUGUGUUGCAGGUGAAAAUGGCUGCGGCGAGCUGGAUGCCGUUACCCACAAUGUGCCUCUUAUGUCCUCAGAAGAGCGGAAACAGCUGUGGGAGCAGGGCCAAGCAGACUACAUGGGAAUAGACUGUUUCGAUAACAUACAGAAAAAGCUGGACUCUUUCCUCAAGUAAAAACAGUGAUAGAGAGAGAGUAAUGAAAUGCAUCUAAGGCUAUGCAGUAAUACUGGUUGCUUCCACGAUUGUGUAUGUGUGUUUCUGUGUAGUCCCUAUGGAAAUAACAGUCAAUGUCAUGUGCUUAUGGACUUUUUUAAAUUCAUCUUUAAAAAAAAAAUGUUUGUGAAUCCACCCUCCUGCCAUCUUUUCAUGUUGGAACCCCAAAGAUGGCUUGGACAUGAUGCUGUUGCAGGAGAGGUAGUUGUUGUAGCAGCUCAUUCUAAUAGUGCAGCGCUGUAUUUAGAAUCUCUUUCUGGCUCUGUACCUUUUCUAACUUCUAUAACAAACUGACUGCCACGCACUGAACCACAAAUGUACACCUACUAGUAGGGUACUGUACCUCACAUUGAGCCUGUUUUCGUCAUGGAGGCAUUGUGAGAUUGAACUAGUGGGACUUCAUGGUGUCAGUUCAGACAUCAAGUUAUCAUUGAAGCCAUGUUUUAUUGCCAUUAUGUGGCCAGAAAAGUGCCAUGAGUUAAAUUAUUUUGCACUUAAUUCUCCCCUUUAAUAGAGAAAGGGUGGCAGUCGGGCAUAUGUUCCAUUGGACAAGCUCUAGGAUAUUGCUGUAUAUAUUUUACAUGUUUGCAAUCUAUUAUGAAAAAAUAUACUGUAGCAAAAAAAACUUUAUGUUCAAUCAACAAAAAAAAAAGCUUUUGUAAUGGUUUGCUACUGACUUUUUUUCUGAAGCCUUUUCUUUCACCCCAGGGACAAAAAAAAUUCUGUUGCCUUUGCUUGAUACACUGUUUACAAAACACACCAUAUGCUGCUGAAACACUGAAAGCCUCCGCUCAUUUUCACAUGGUCUGUAGGAAUACACUUGUCUUCUGCACAGUCCAGAAAUGAGUGGGGGUUCCACUUCUCAUUGCCGUGGUUACAGACUGUUCACUCCCAGGAAUGUGACGUGGUGCGAUGGUGUAAUAUUCUGCGGGUUUUUCUACUUCUGUAGGUCACUGUGUAUGACACCGCACUUGAAUAGCUGGUUUCUCGUUGUUUUUUCAUUAACUGAGGGAUUACGGUAUGUAGCCGCACUGACACCACUUUUACCAGCAAUAAAGUAGUGACAUUAUAAA